CCUGGCUCUGACCACAGGACGUGAGAGCAGAGUCUUAUCUUUAUGACCCAGAAACAUUUGUCAUUGUGCGUCUGCAGCCGUCGCCAUGCCCAUCCUCCUCUUCACCGCGGUGACAUGGCUGCUCAUGGAUUGUUCAGGAGCUGUCAGGCCUGUGGUGACUUUAACACUGAAUUGGGAAAAUGUAUUAUUAGGAGACUCGGUGACUCUGACAUGUGACAUUGGAUCCGCUGUCCUGGAGAACCAGACUUAUUAUUGGUAUAAAGGGAAAGAACAAAUGGAAAACAACCAAAAGAACAUUAAAAUCCGAUCUGCUUCAUGGACAGAUUUAGGGAGCUACAAGUGCCAUUCCAGUCUGAGUGACAUCUGCCACCCCAUCAAUCUUUACAUUAGAGAAGCUCCUCUCAUCCUGCAGAAACCCCCAUCCAUUUAUGAAGGAAAGUCCUUGACUCUCAGAUGUCACAGCCCCCCUAGAUAUAAUGUCCUAAACACAACAUUCUACAAGGAAGAUAUAGAGAUUCAGUCCUCGGCCAAUAACUCUGAGUUAUAUAUCAAGAAAGCUACUAGAGAUGUGACCGGAAAGUACAGAUGUAGUAAAGUGAGACAGAUUGGUAAUGGAUAUCAACGUAUACACGCUGAAUCCUACAUCCAUGUUACAAUUGCCACAGUUAGACCCGUGGUCACCUUAACACCAAACUGGAGAAAUAUAUUAUCUGGUGACACAGUUACUAUAUCCUGUGAUGUUGUCUCAGAUAACCAAGGAAAACCAAUAUAUUACUGGUACAAAGAUGAAAAACCAAUAAAUAAAAAGCAACAGAAUUUUACCAUCAAAUCUGCUUCAUGGAAGGAAGCAGGGGAUUACAAGUGUUAUACCAGUGAGAGUGAUAUCAGUUAUCCUGUCAAGCUGAACGUCAACUACGCCCCACUUAUCCUCCAGAGACCCCAGGAUAUUCUAGAAGGAGACUUCUUGACUCUAAGAUGUCAUAGUCGCUCUGAAUACAGAGUCAGAAACACAACAUUUUACAAGGAUGACAUCGAGGUAAAGUCCUCGGUCAGUGACUCUUCGUUACUCAUUGAUAAACUGGAUGGAACAGUCACUGGGAAGUACAAAUGUGCGAAAGUCAUUGAAGAUCAUGAUAAAAAGGUCUACACACUUUCCGAUGACUCCCUUAUCUCUGUUAGUGAACUGAUCUCACACCCACAAAUUCAAGCGCCCUCAGGCAGGAUCACAGAAGACGAUGACCUGACCCUGACCUGUGACACCAGACUGAACCCUCUCAGGGACCAUACAGAACUGAGAUUUGCCUUCUACAGAAAUGGUCAGGAGGUGCAGGGAUUCGGUUCCUCUGACACCUACAGAAUCCAGUUCGCUCGGCGGGAGGAUUCUGGGAAUUACACCUGCCAGGUGAUGACUCCUACCCUAACAAAGACAGGAAACGUGUCGUAUAUCCUCGUAGAAGAACUAUUCUCCUAUCCCGAGAUAAAAGUGCCGCCCUUGAGGAUAUUAGGACACGGCCUGGCCCUGACGUGUUUCACCAGACUGAACCCUCUCAGACCCGAUUCAGAACUGAUGUUUACCUUCUACAAAGACGGGUGGAAAGUCCAGGAAAACAGGUCUACGGACACCUAUAUAAUCCAGUCCACUCAGCUGGAGGAUUCUGGGAACUAUACCUGUGAGGUGUGGAGGGUGUCGGGCCCCAUGAGGAAAACGAGCGACAUCUCAUAUGUCCAAAUCCAGGACUAUACACAUCAGAAUAUAAUGAGACUGGUGCUGUCCGGACUGACACUAAUGGCUGCCGCCGGUCUCAUCUUCUACCACAAAAAACCAAUAGGGGGAGUGAGAGGACGGCCUCCAAGGAACCGAUGAUAACUUUAUUAAUCACAUUGGCAGGAACACUGCAGUUUCACAUCCAACCACAUGGUGUGCUAGUGAGCUAUCAGUCAGGUAAUGUUACUACAGAAUUUCUGGCUCUAAUUGGAUUGGAUCUGGAAGUGUCUGGGGCCACCAGGGUUCAGGGUGUUACUUCACCGCCAUUAUGAGUUCUUUUUUAAUUUCUUUUCUAAAUAAAGCGAAAAUUA